AUGGCGGCGGCCGGUGCAGCCGGGCUGGCGGCGAACGUGUUCCCGUUCCGCGACGCCCGCGCCGCGCCGGACCCGGUGCUAGAGGCCGGCCCGGUCGCGCAUGGGCCACUGCCGGUGCCGCUGGUGCUGGACAAUGGGUCGUUCCAGGCUCGCGCCGGCUGGGCGUGCCCGGGCCCGGACCCCGGCCCGGAGCCGCGCCUGCAGUUCCGCGCUGUUUGCGCCCGCGGGCGCGGCGGGGCUCGGGGCGGGGCCGGCCCGCAGGUGGGCAACGCGCUGGGCAGCCUGGAGCCGCUGCGCUGGAUGCUGCGCUCACCCUUCGACCGCAAUGUGCCGGUCAACCUGGAGCUGCAGGAGCUGCUGCUGGACUACAGCUUCCAGCACCUGGGAGUCUCCUCACAGGGCUGUGUUGAUCACCCCAUAGUUUUGACAGAAGCUGUGUGCAACCCUCUGUAUUCACGACAAAUGAUGUCUGAGCUCCUUUUUGAGUGCUACGGGAUCCCCAAGGUUGCCUAUGGAAUCGAUAGCCUUUUCAGCUUCUACCACAACAAGCCAAAGAACUUGACUUCCACUGGGCUCAUCAUCUCUUCUGGAUACCAGUGUACACAUAUUUUACCCAUCUUAGAAGGGAGGUUAGAUGCUAAAAACUGCAAGCGCAUCAACCUUGGAGGAAGCCAAGCAGCUGGCUACCUCCAGCGUCUCCUCCAGCUGAAGUACCCUGGGCACCUGGCCGCCAUCACACUGAGCCGCAUGGAGGAGAUCCUGCACGAGCACAGCUACAUCGCUGAGGACUACAUAGAAGAAUUGCAGAAGUGGCGGUGCCCCGACUAUUAUGAAGACAAUGUCCACAAGAUGCAGCUCCCAUUUUCCAACAAGCUCCUCGGUAGCACUCUGACCUCUGAGGAGAAGCAGGAGAAGCGGCAGCAGCAACUGCGGCGGCUGCAGGAGCUCAACGCCCGUCGGCGGGAGGAGAAGCUGCAGCUUGACCAGGAACGACUGGACAGACUGCUGUAUGUGCAGGAGCUUCUGGAAGAUGGCCAGAUGGAUCAGUUUCACAAAGCUCUGAUAGAGCUGAACAUGGACUCCCCAGAAGAGCUGCAGUCAUACAUACAAAAGCUCAGCUCAGCAGUGGAGCAAGCAAAGCAGAAAAUCCUUCAAGCAGAAGUCAACCUCGAGGUGGAUGUGGUGGACAGCAAGCCAGAGACCCCUGACCUGGAGCAGCUGGAGCCGUCUUUGGAAGACGUGGAAAGCAUCAAUGAUUUUGAGCCCUUGUUUUCCGAGGAGACACCUGAGGUGGAGAAGCCGGUCACCACUGUCCAGCCCGUCUUUAACUUGGCAGCAUAUCAUCAGCUGUUUGUUGGGACAGAAAGAAUUCGAGCUCCAGAAAUUAUCUUCCAGCCGUCUCUCAUAGGAGAAGAGCAGGCGGGGGUAGCAGAGACUCUUCAGUACAUUCUGGACAGGUACCCGAAGGACAUCCAGGAGGCGCUGGUUCAGAACGUCUUCCUCACUGGCGGGAACAUGAUGUAUCCUGGGAUGAAAGCGAGAAUCGAGAAGGAGCUGUUGGAGAUGAGACCCUUUCGGUCUUCUUUUCAGGUCCAGCUUGCCUCCAACCCAGUGCUGGACGCCUGGUACGGCGCUCGUGACUGGGCCUUGGACCACCUGGAUGACAGCGAAGUCUGGAUCACCAGGAAAGACUAUGAAGAAAAGGGCGGGGAGUACUUCAAGGAGCACUGCGCUUCAAACAUCUACGUCCCCAUCCGCCUGCCAAAGCAGGCCUCACGCUCCUCAGAAGCCCAGGCAUCUGGCAAAGGCGCUGGGGCCAGUGGAGGUGGUGCUGGCGAGCAGGCGUAGCAGAGAGGGGCCAUGUCGGCUGGUGUGAUGGACAGUGACUGCCAGGUGUGUCCAGCCGGAAUCUGCUAGUGACAUUUGACUGCAAGAUGGAUUUCUCCUGGGGAGAACAGUUCAGGGAAACUGGGAGUUACCCUUCAGGACAGUGAGCGUGUGGGGCUUCUCCGGUGAGGACACAUGGCCCUCUGGAACCGCAAGUUACCUGUGGCAGCUGCUUCCUGCUGCAGUAAGUGAACACAGGGUGGAAGACGGAGGUGCAAAAUGCACGGGGCUUAUUUCUUAUUGCAUUUAAAGUCUCUGUUUUUGUUUUGUAAAGUCCUUUAAAUUUUAUAUUGUCAAUGUAGGUAUUUUUCUAAAUUUAUUCAAUAAUUGCGUGAAGGCCCAGCAGGCAGAAAAGUCUUUCACAUACAUGGAAAAAGGUGUUAUUCAUGUAACAAAAGCAGUUGCCCACAGACUUUGUGGUGGUGGAAACAGCAACCUCCUCCUGUUAUUCCCCAGUCACUCUGCCAGGGCCCUGCUUGGUGCCUGUUUCUCCAGGGGCAGAAAUGAGGCUGGUGUCCCAACUUUUGAUCGUACCUGCUUUGCUGGAAACUUUUCCACGUCUGAGGCCUUCCUACCAGUUUCUGAUUUUUGACUCUGAGUUUGUUGGCUGCUUAACUUUCUCAGGCCUUUCUGAAGAAAUAGGCUGGAGGUUAGUGCUGUAGGUAGCCUUUGCAGUUUUGCCAUAAGCUCACAUUCCCUGCACCUUUGCAUCUCCAUCUUAACUGGACAGACAGCCCCUCUCUUGUGUAGAUUGCUUGUGAGAAUUUUCACUCUCAAACACACCCUGUCAUUGGACUCAGAAGGGCCCUGAACUCUGUCAUCUCUGUCACAGGAUUGCACAUUUAAGUCCAUGGAACCUCAAGCCUGCCGUCCCAUAAGGCCACCCCAGACACCACCUCAAACUGCUUAUAUGAAUUUCCAGGUUGAUCACCUGUUCACCAGCACUCAGGGGUUUAGAUACUGGAGACUGGAAGGGGGUACAGUGGUGGUGGUUACAGUAGAAGUCCCAGGGCAUUGCCAUGAACUGUGAGCCAUGAGCCUGUGACCAGCACCCACUACUAAGAAAGGGUAGGUGUGAAGGAGGUGGGACCAGCCUGCACACGGGUGGUGUUUGCAUGCCACGUUGCCGGAGGAGGAACUGUGCCAACUGCAGCCAGGCCUUCUCCCAGAGGCAACGCCUCCAAAAGCCUGAACAGCCAUGGGGAGGUCAAGACUGCUGUAGAGGUCACCCCCUGAUGGGAGGAACCCUGGCGGGCAAGUAAGCUGGGAUGCAUGGUGAUCAAAAAAGCGUGAGUCUGGACCUGCUCAGGGUUCCUGUAGAUUGGGGGACCUAGGUGGAGGGUUAUAAUGUGAAUAGCGGUCAGGGGAGUGAACCUGAGUGCAGCUGCUUCAUCUCAUCUGUUUCCCAGCCCUUCCACCUACCUUUGCAGGCGCGCUUCUCAGGCAUCUGUUCUGUUCGUCCUAGCUCGGCACACAGGCAGGAAUGGCUACCCGUGGGAUCCCCAGCCCCUGGCACCAACCACCACAAUGCUCUGGGCUUUUAUCUCUGCCCUGGGAUGGUUUCUUCUGAAUUGUAACAUAUACCCCAAAAGCAAGAAGUAGGUUUCGUUCAGCUUGAAGUACACACAGCCCAGUGCUGGAUCUGGGAGGUGCUGCAGGCUCUCAGGAAUUUUAAUGAAUGACCAACUGGUUGUGUAAAUAAAUGACUGUGAAUAAAGGAAAUGUGACAACAGUCUGUCCACUCCAUUGAAAGGAACACCUCAGGAGGCCGUGCUGAGGACUCCUCCUCUGCCAGGAGCCCUGUUCAUUGAGACACCUUAAAAUAGCCUCAAACUAUA